AUGGAAAACAUCAAGACAACGACCGAGCAACUUCGUACCGAAGCCAACAUUCAACGCAAAAAGGUCUCGGAGGUCGCCAAGGACCUCGUGGAGUUCUGCGAAAAGAACAAAGCUACCGACAUGCUCGUCUCUGGUCCACUGGAUGCCCAUAACCCGUUCCAGGAGAAGAAGAGCUGCUCCGUUCUUUAA